GCAGUGGCUCGGAAGCACAAUCGCACAGCGCCCGACUUCGUGAUGCUGAGCUUCUUCGACGGCUUGGGAACGGCCUUCAUGGUAUGCGACAACUAUUGCAAGGAGCACAACCUGCGAUGGUCGGGGGCAUCAUGGGAGAUCGACAAGGACUUGGAGAGCUUGGGAGCCGAGCACUUCCCGCAAGUGACGCCUCGCGGCGACUUCGAGCAGGAGGACGCAGCCACCGUCCAGAAGCUUGUUGAUGAGCUCGACCCGUCCGGUCGAGCGCGCAUCGUGAUAGCGGGCGGACACGAGGGCUCGAAAUUCACACGCUUCGCCCAGCUCAUCCAGUCCGCGGAGAAGGCGGAUAUGAGGAAAGUGGAGCGCAUGCUGGACGCCCCCGCGGUGGUACAUGAGAUCGCACACCGCAAGGACUGCCCCUUCAACCUUCGCUGGGCGCACUUUGACGUGGACAAGGACACGCCGGACUCUUUCGACACCGAGGGCCUCUUCCUGCCACGUUGCCUAACCGAGGAAGCCAAGCCGGUGCCUUGCUUGACCACACCUUCCGACGACCCGCAGGGACGCCCAGCACCGCGGAGCUCGAAGGGCAAGAUCAGCUCGGAGGCAACACAACGCUGGCUCGCUGACAAGAGGCGCUACGCUCCGUGGCAUUACGAGUCAGGCGUGAUGAUGAUGGAUCGCGACCAACGUCUGGUACUUCCUCCUGCCAACGUCAAGGAGCAAUGGCAUCACUUGCCCAAAGGAUGGUCCGCGUCGCUUCCCGACCAUGCCCGCCACAAAGCCAUAGCGAAUGGCUGGCACGCGGGCGCAGCACGGUUGAUGUUCAUCAUGGCAGUGUUUGCAGCCACGCCGCCGACGCCGGCAGCAGAACUCAACCCCCUCGGAGGCACGCCGCUUGACGUCACAGCCACGCUUUGGCAGGGCAAGUCUCCUUUGCUGGGACCAGGACCGGGUGACUACGACGAGUUCGACCUGUCGCACUUGGAGGAUCCCGACGAGCACUGGCGUCAAUCACGCACCAUGCCUCAUCCGGACGCAAGGGAUGCCUCGAUCGAGCCCGGAUUGAGGCAAUGGCUCCAAGUGUGGUCACGAAUGCGGCCACACCUCACAGAGCUUCGCAACGCCGUGGCUCAGCAGAUCGAGGACCUCGUCGACGACCUACAGGAGGAGACGGAAGCCUGGUACUCGAGCCUCGCGCCGCACGUUCAGAAGGCCUACCGCAGUGAGACUCGCACGUGCUCCUUGCAGCUCCCAGCUCUGGAAAAAGUGUGCAACCUCUUCGGCUGGCAGGACAGGGAUAUCUUUAGAGAGCUAACGCACGGGUUUCGUCUUUUAGGGCCGCUUGCACCCGGAUUGGGUUGGAAAGCACGACAUGACCUUCGCUACGCCGACCCCAUGCCGAUCGACGAGUUCCUGCAGAAGAACGAGCUCUACGUCCAGGACAAGCUUCGCCGUUGCCGCGUCGACCCGUGCUGGGAGGCCAUGGCCCAGGAGAUCGCCGGCGACGUCACCAAGGGACGCAUGGAAGGCCCCUUCAGCAGCCCGAAAUCGUGGCCGAAACAGGCAGUUCCCUUGACGACGUUCUCUCACACCAGCAAGCUGGCACAGGGACCCGCAGCCCACAAGCCCACCUGUUUCGCCUUCGCUGUGCACCAGGUGGGCUCCGACGGCAAGCCCAAAGUGAGGAGGGCAGAGGAUUGGAGACGCUCCUUCGCCAACGCUACAGUCGGUGCAAAGGACAGCCCAACCUACCACGACAUUUCGGCAUAUGUUCAACUCGCGGUCGCCAUCAAGCAGAAGCACCCGCGCGCGCAGCUACUCAUAUGGGGCCUGGACCACGAGGCCGCCUAUCGCCAGCUGGCGGCGGAAGAUCCCGACCACACAUGGGUCAUUUUGCCAACGCCACAUGGCAUUACCCUCUGGCGACAUACGGUGCUCAUGUUUGGGUCCGUGGCUUCGGUAUGGGCUUACUGUCGCAUCGCAGACCUCAUGUCCUGGCUUUGUCGCGCGUGCUUGCUUACGCCAGCAUUACACUUCGUGGACGACUUCGGAAGCUGCGAGGAUGCUGAGCUCGUCAUACAAGGCGUCGAGAUCUCGGUACAUGAUGACUUCGUGAAGGUCGCUGGCACUGCUGCGCGCCGACAACGCCUCGACGAGGACCUCGUGGGCAUCCUCACAGCGAACAGGUUGCCGCCCAACGAAGCAUCCAGCCUGGCAGGCCGACUGCAGUUCUACUGUCAAUCUUUGCUGGGGAGGUCGCACUCAGCAGCGCUCCGGCCUCUGUUUCUCCGCGCACAGCUCACAGGCCACGGGAGAGACAAUCAACAGUGGAGCCUCAACCAGCAACUGUUGCACGGGAUUGGCCUUCUGCGAUGGAGUUUGAAGAACGCAGCGCCCAGGACGCUAUACUUCGCACCGCAGCCACGCUCGGUGGUGUACGCGGACGCCUUCUUCAACCUGUUCGACAAGGACUGGAAGCCUGGUGACGAGGACAUCCCCAACUGGGGUCGGACACCGCCAGAGACCUUGCGGAAUGGAUGGGGAUUCGUGGCCACCAUCCAGGGCCGCACAGUGUACGCGCACGGCACAGUCCUACCGCUGAUCGUUUUGCAGCACGACCUCGACAAGCAGAUCAUCAUGUUUGUCGACAACGAGCCAGCUCGACACGCGCUGUCCAAGGGCUUUGGCAAGGACGACUCCAUCAACUGCCUGCUGCAGCACACAUGGAGACACAUCGAGUCGUUGUCGCUUCGCCCCGCUUGGCAACGUGUGACCUCAGCGGCCAAUGUUAGCGUCGACGUCAGUCGAGGAGACUUUCGCCACGCACAAGCAGCAGGCUGGACGAGACUGGAGCACGACUGGGAC